ACAGGCCUCGCAGUCGCCGCGGACGCCGUUCUUGCGCAUGGAGUCGCCAUUUUGCUCCUAGAGAAGCCGUCUGGAGAGCCGGCGCUUUCUUCCUUCGGCAGCCGAGGCUGCGGCGGGGCCGGGGCUGGGGUCGGGGCCAGGAGGAAUUUUGUUGUCAGAGAAUAAAAGGAGGUUGUCCAUAAUUGACUUUAAGCAGCAAAACAGUAAAACACUGAGCUCUUCAGCUCCACCUUUCUUGCUCUGAGAAUUGGAAAACCAAGAAGGUUUUGAUGUUUUGUGUGGCGCCACCUGAAUUAGAAACCAAGAUGAACAUAACCAAAGGAGGUCUGGUGUUGUUUUCAGCAAAUUCUAAUUCAUCGUGUAUGGAGCUCUCGAAGAAGAUUGCCGAGCGGCUGGGGGUGGAGAUGGGCAAAGUGCAGGUUUACCAGGAACCUAACAGAGAAACAAGAGUACAGAUUCAAGAAUCCGUGAGGGGAAAAGAUGUUUUCAUCAUCCAAACUGUCUCAAAGGACGUGAACACCACCAUCAUGGAGCUCCUGAUCAUGGUGUACGCAUGUAAGACCUCUUGUGCCAAAAGCAUUAUCGGCGUGAUACCCUACUUUCCUUACAGCAAACAGUGCAAGAUGAGAAAAAGAGGCUCCAUUGUCUCUAAAUUGCUGGCUUCGAUGAUGUGCAAAGCUGGUCUAACUCAUCUCAUUACUAUGGAUUUACACCAGAAGGAAAUUCAAGGCUUCUUCAAUAUUCCUGUUGAUAAUUUAAGAGCUUCUCCCUUCUUACUGCAGUAUAUUCAAGAAGAGAUCCCGGAUUACAGGAAUGCGGUGAUCGUGGCCAAAUCUCCAGCCUCGGCCAAGAGGGCACAGUCUUUCGCCGAGCGUCUGCGCCUGGGAAUCGCGGUGAUUCACGGAGAAGCACAGGACGCCGAGUCCGACCUGGUGGAUGGACGGCACUCCCCGCCCAUGGUCAGGAGUGUAGCUGCCAUCCACCCCAGCCUGGAGAUCCCCAUGCUGAUUCCUAAAGAAAAGCCCCCAAUCACAGUUGUUGGCGAUGUUGGAGGAAGGAUCGCCAUCAUUGUGGAUGACAUCAUUGACGACGUGGACAGCUUCCUCGCCGCAGCAGAGACCCUGAAGGAAAGGGGCGCAUAUAAGAUCUUUGUGAUGGCGACUCAUGGCUUGUUGUCAUCAGAUGCUCCCCGGCUGAUUGAAGAGUCCGCCAUCGACGAGGUGGUGGUUACCAAUACGAUUCCACAUGAAAUCCAGAAGCUCCAGUGCCCCAAAAUUAAAACUGUGGACAUCAGCAUGAUCCUCUCGGAAGCCAUCCGUCGGAUUCACAAUGGACCUGCACGUUUCUGAUCGUAAUCACUUGGCUGUGGCAGGAGAGGAAUUCGAGUCGCAGGCUGUGAGCCCCGGGGGGCAGGUCAGCGAGUUGGUGUGAGCUGCCGCCUGCAUCUUGGCAUGGCUUUGUUCUGCUGCCUGUUCAACAGCACAGCCAUGCUCUGAACAAAAUGCUACCUCUGCAUGCUCUGGAAGAUGAGAUGCUGGGGCGGGGGUGGUCGCAGAGGGCAAGUGAUACGACCCUUGUUAAUGUCAGGCAUCAAAGAACUGUCUGCCCCACAGUUCAGAAUGCAGAACUCAGAACUUGUCCGUGAGAGUUGUAUCAGGCUCGGGAACACUGGGGUCCAAUGAGUUAGACCAGCAUGUUCUCCUGCCAAGGUCCUGUAAUGGCAGUCCCAUCAAAUUCAUGGAGGAAAAGAUUAAUGAAGACUUUCUCACAAAGAAAAGGAUUAUUUCUUCUUUUUCUUUUUGUUUCAAGUAAACUUCACCCCCAAUGUGGGUCUCGAACUCAUGACCCCAAGAUCAAGAGCCAUAUGCUCUACUGACCGAGCCAGCCAGGAGCCCCAGGACUAUUUUUUUCUUCCAAACACUUAACCCUGUGGUUUCUGCCUAUGUUAGAAUCUGCAAUAAAAUAGCAGGUGACUUGGCACAAAAUUAAGAUUGGCCACUUACUGUCUGCCAUCUCCAGGUUUCUUCGUGCUCCCAAGAGAGCAGCCUGAUUCUUGGGGACUUGCUGUGGAGUGGGUCUGGGGCCCUGUGUGUGCAGCAGCACCAAGGGCUGUGCUUCUGGCAGCUGCCCCGGGUACCACACGGUCUACUGCUCAUCUCUGUGCUCAUCACAUGCAGCAGUGUCCAGACCCCUCCUGACUCGAUGUCUUAGCCAAACAGCUUGUGAUGGUCGUGCUCCUGCAGGUGCAUGAAAGGAAACGUAUUUUGUUCAUUACCUAAAGUAAUGCACACUGAUGCUUGGAUCUAAUCAAAGUAGAAGCCUGCACUGUUAACAUGGGACAUUAACUCUUGCUUAGAACUGUGUGACCUUAAAAUGAGCUCUCUCCUUUAUACGUUGUGAGCAUGGUUUUCUUUGCUUUAUGAAACCCUUGAAAGUAACCACAUUUUCCUUUUACUUCAAAAUGAAUAAGCUGGCAGAUGUCUACCAAGGAUGGUGUAAUGGGGAACUCCAAAAGUCUCUUUCUCAAUAGAAGCAGAGAAUAAAUUGGCAAAAACAGAAUCGACUUUAUUGGAACUCUAGAAAAUAAUCGAAAGUUUACAGCAACCAAGUAAAUGGUCAGUAAAAAAACAACAACAAUAAAGAAAAAUGGCUGCAUCUUGAAAAGAUUGCUUUGUGGCACUUUAACUUACCCUGGUCCCAUUCAUUUUGUGCUUCCUGG